AUGUCGUUCAACGCUGACCCCGCCAGCCGGCGGUACACUGACGGCAUUCUGGAAGAAAUCGCUCUCAACUACAGCUUCCAGUCGGUUUCUCUCAUGAAUUGCAUCUUGGCGUUAUCAGCUCUCCAUAUAAAGCGGAAGAAAAUUGCUGGCGACCCUGCCUUAAUAUCGCUGUUGGCCCACGAGUACAUCAAUGCUUCCACGUCGCAGAUCUUGACCGAUAUGGAAGUGGCCGACCCGAAGACCUUCCCACAUCUAGUGGUAGCAUCACUUCUCAUGACGGCCAUAUCUUCGGAACAAUUCAGGGACGAGCGUUUUGGAGCGAACCUCUUCAUCCUCAACUGGAUGAAAAUAUGGUGCGGAAUCGGCAUCAUGAUGGAGCGCAUCACAAUCCCUGGUCUUAUUCGAUGCGGGCUCUCGAGUUUGUUUUACCGGCCGCCACUCAACCUCGAUGCGUCAAAGGACAACAUUCCUGAGGUGCUCCAGAUCAUGGUGGACCUGGAUCCAGAUGAUCCCGACAAUCAUGCCGUCUACCGCGAAGCAUUACGCUGUCUCGAUGACGAAACCUGGGAGCAUGAGCCAGCAAGAGUACUCACGCCAGAGGAAAUGCUGCACUUCGAGACCCGGGACAUCUAUGUUGAUAGAGGACGAGCCACAGUGCCUCAAGGUCCGGACAACGCUGCUGACUAG